GCCUUUCGCAGGCGAUCCGGGAGCUGAGGUGACCCUUAGUGCUCUGAGCAUGGGCUGCGGGGCGCGAGGGAAGCACGAAGAACCCCUGGGAGCCGUCUCGUCUGCGCUGAAGGCUCUGGGCUUUUUCCAGACGAGGAACGACUAUAGGAAGUGACGUCUGGGCCCCCAGCAGGCCGGGCUUGAGGACCUGUAGCGAUCCGCAGCCGGCCCUGGCCGCGCCCGAGUCUCCCCUGCGGUCGGGGUGGUCGUGUCACCCGCUGGAACGGUCCCCUGUCCCGGGGUUCAGCCCGCGGCGGCAGAGCGGGAACGGACACCUGUCGCUUGACAAUUUCAAGAGUUAGGAAGAACGCGGAGCCCCUGCGAUUAGCUUGCUCUUGGUCGGUGCCCACUGCCCGCACUUAAGACUGUAGCCUUGCCUGAGCUCUGGCAGAUACUUUAAUAUCCCAAUUCCAAGCAUACACUGGAGAACACCCUUGAAAAACCAAGAGGAAACCAUGAAGAAAUGUUUUAAUUAUUGAAACCAUGGCUACAUCAGCAAAUCUGGACAUUGGGGCCCAGCUGAUUGUGGAAGAAUGCCCCAGCAACUAUAGUCUCUCUGGCAUGCCAGACAUCAAAAUAGAGCACCAGCUGGAUCCAAACUCAGAAGAAGGGUCAGCGCAGGGCGUUGCCAUGGGAAUGAAAUUCAUAUUGCCAAACCGAUUUGACAUGAACGUAUGUUCUCGGUUUGUGAAGUCCUUAAAUGAAGAGGAUAGUAAAAAUAUUCAAGAUCAAGUUAACUCUGACCUGGAGGUGGCAUCUGUCUUAUUUAAAGCUGAGUGCAAUAUCCAUACAUCUCCUUCUCCUGGGAUUCAAGUAAGGCAUGUCUACACCCCCUCUACAACAAAACAUUUCUCCCCCAUAAAACAGUCAACUACUUUAACCAACAAGCACAGGGGAAAUGAGGUCUCUACCACACCUCUGUUAGCAAAUUCUUUGUCUGUUCACCAGUUGGCAGCUCAAGGAGAAAUGCUCUACCUGGCUACUCGUAUUGAACAAGAAAAUGUUAUCAAUCACACGGAUGAAGAAGGAUUCACUCCCCUGAUGUGGGCUGCAGCUCACGGGCAAAUAGCUGUGGUAGAGUUCCUGCUUCAGAAUGGUGCAGAUCCCCAGCUUUUAGGGAAAGGUCGAGAAAGUGCGCUGUCAUUGGCCUGUAGUAAAGGCUACACGGAUAUUGUCAAAAUGCUGCUUGACUGUGGAGUUGACGUAAACGAGUAUGACUGGAAUGGAGGGACACCUUUGCUUUAUGCCGUCCAUGGGAAUCAUGUGAAGUGUGUAAAGAUGCUGUUAGAAAAUGGAGCUGACCCAACCAUUGAAACGGAUUCUGGAUACAAUUCUAUGGAUUUAGCUGUAGCUUUGGGCUAUAGAAGUGUUCAACAGGUCAUUGAGUCACAUCUCCUGAAGCUACUUCAAAACAUCAAGGAGUGAUGCAGCCCUCAGACAAUGCCACCUGCCCUUCUCUUCACUUCUUGGUCCUUUUAAAUGACAGUUUUGUUUACGUGUAAAUUUUUACCUCAGUUGCAGUAUUUGCUGGUUUUUAGUGAGUUUUAAUAAAUAUUCCUCUGAAUAAUUCACUGGUUUAUAAUAAAAUAAUAGUGAUUUUUAAAAAAUAAAUGUUUUACUAUAUAUUUAAAGUUUUAAAUUAAUGUUUUAUGGCAUGUAAAAUUUUAUGGUACAGGUGGUUAUGUGUCUUUGUAUCAAGUACCACAAUUUGACACUUUGAGAAAUUCCACCUUGUGUAUCUUCACUCUUGUAUUAACUCUUUGACUUUGCACAGGGCUUACUUUAAGUCUGUAGGGGAAGAAAAAUAAUGUACUUGUUGAAUUAAAAAGUAUACAGUGUGAUGGUUUACAAAAUCAUGUUUAAAUAAAAUACUUCUGCUGUCUGUGAA